AGUCUCAUGACAAAUAACGUUCUUAGUUAAUGUUACCCAUAUAUUUGCAUCCACCUUCAUUUGAAAAGUAAACAUUAUUUGCGGAACAAAACAAUAUUUCUGCAACCCAGAGUAGUUCCACAUAAUGAGACACGAUCGAUCGCUUCAAUUAUAACUGUGUCCUCGAGUCACCCCGUGACAACGCCAGGCCAUCUUCCAACACAGAUCGAAUAUCAAACCCGCAUAAUCCUCCCGACACGCUGGCUGACCGAGCGGGGACGCUACAGGUAACUGUACACCUGUACAGGUAGUCAGUCACUGGUGGGGUUUGGCACACGUUGGAGGCGCACCAGGUGGCUAUGUGUAGCUGGAUAUUACCAAUCUGAGGAUGUGUUGCCUGGAUUCGAUUGUCUGAUUGAUCCGCGCAGGUUUCCCCUCCGGCCCCGCGCCAUGCCUACUGCCACCAUCGCACUCAUGAAGGCAGUCAUCAGUCGGCGACAUGACAAACCAGAGACCAACGUACAGGGCUAUUUCACCGAGAAAGUUCCUGUUGCUGGUUGUCUUCUGUGUUUUCACGGCCCUCAUGGCGUACCAGUGGCGGGCUGAGUUGCAAGUCUAUCACAUGUUCAUCAACGGCUCACUGUCGUACCCGGCCUUCAUUCCUCCCUCUCCUGCAACGCUGAACUCGAGUCAGAAUGCCACUGAUCACUUCCUCUGGACAACCGAUACCUCUCGGGUAUCUCCACAGGAAGCAUCAAAACUUUCACCAACUUCCACAAAAGUACAAAAAACAUCCACCCCUUCCGCAAGAAACAGCACGACGACCACCACUCCGAAACACAUACCAACCACAUUGACGACUUCCAGCAACCACAGCGCCACAACAACAACUCCACGGCCAAUACUGACCACCCCUCCCCCAGCACCAAAGCCUCUAGUGUGUAAAAACCCGUUCAGGAAGGAGUACAUCAAGAAGCAGAACUUCUUGUGUUGCAGGCCUAUUGGGAGACUCGGCAACAUGAUGUUUGUGUAUGCGUCGUCCUAUGGAAUAGCUGCCUCGAAUAACAGGACACUGAUUGUGGACAAGGGGUUAAGUCUGACCAAAUAUUUCAACCUUAAUGCCCAAUUAGUGGAUGACUAUAACUGUGUGAUCACAGGGACGAGGGGUAUGGGGUCGAGGCAGGACUGUGCGUUCGACGAGCGUCUAAUGAACAUCACUUAUGGGCGGAACACGUGUGUGGGGAGCUAUUUACAAUCAUACAAGUACUUCGAGCAUGUAAAGGAAGCAAUCAAGAAACAAUUUACAUUCAAGAAGGAAACCAGAAACAAAGCGAUGGGCAUUAUAAAUGGUGCUAUAAACACAUUCCAUAAACGUAAUACGACAGUGAAUGACACCCGCCCCGUGUUGGUCGGCGUCCAUGUGAGACGGGGCGAUAUGGUUAAACACAAAUUUGGUUAUGCAAUUGCAACGCCAGAAUAUUUAGGAAAUGCCACUAAGUAUUACCGGGACAAGUUCCCCAAUAGGUUGUUUAUUGUGUGUUCUAAUGAUAUGACAUGGACAAAGCAACACGUUGUUGGUGAUGACGUCUUCUACGUGGAGGGGAACACGUUUGAAGUUGACAUGGCGGUGUUGGUGAGCUGUAACCACAGUCUGACCACUGUGGGAUCCUUCAGUUGGUGGGCGGGGUUCCUGGCAGGGGGACAGGUUGUGUACUAUCAGUGGCCAGCCAUCGAGAAGUCAGGACUUCGGAGACACUUCUCAGCCAAUUACACAGAUUUCUUCCCCCCUUCCUGGAUCGGGAUGUAGUGACCUACCCGAGGUUGUGUAUAUAUUUGGGCAGCACCUCGUGAUCAGGAUUAAGUGACGCGUGUUACCAUGCAUGUUAGUGGCAGCACCUGCCGUGUUGAUGAUGUCGUGAUCAGGAUAAGGUGACGCGUGUUACCAUGCAUCUUUGCGGAAGCACCUGCCGUGUUCACGAGACAGGACACGCCUUGUAAAGACGAGUUGUUACUGAGGGCUAUUUGUGCUGCCUUGUCGUGAUGACAGAAACACAUAUUAUCAUUGCACAGCUUGUUGGACAUAACACACACGGUGCCUUGUUUUGAAAAAAACCCUUUUAGGUCGAUGUGGAGUUUAACUCACAGAUCAGUGAUACAGUUUCAUGUCGCGCCGCACUAUCAUGUGGAAUCGGCGUAUUUCUUGCAAUAUAUAUGUGUUCGUUAGCAGAUUAUUUUUCAAUAUAUGUAUGUUAAAAGUGACAUAUUAUACCUAACAGACAAUCGAUACCAUCCAUGCAUUUCCGACAUUUCUGAAAUGUUGGUUUGACCUUGUGUUUUCAGUUGAUGAAGAACAAAGUGACUGGUGUCUGGAUUUCGGAGACACGAAGCGACCUGUGAUUGUAGUGUUUUCGCCUGCCUUGUAACGUUUGCUCUAGUACCUAAUAAUCCGUAUUGUUUGUUCCUCAGUCACGGGGGUGCACGGGUGGCCCAGUCGUCUAAGGCGCCGCGAUUCGCUGUGCAGAGUUGCGUCCCUUGGGCACGCCAGAAUCCUAUGAUUGUGAAUCCCGGUUCGCCCCGAUUAUGUUUCUAGGUUUGUCAGCACCAUACCCGUGCUCGUGGGUUUCACCGAAGUGGUAAACGUCUGAGACCUGCAUCACUUCGGGUUUUCCUCCCACAUUAAGCUGACACGCCGUGAUAUAACUGAAAUAAUGUUGAAAGCGGCGUUAAACCCAACUCACUCACUCACUCACUCCUCAGUCAAGAGACACUUGUGUUGUUGUCCAGCACCACACCUGCUUCUCCCCGUGUGACGUACAUGUACUGCCUCCCCGUGUGACGUACAUGUACUGCCUCCCCGUGUGACGUACAUGUACUGCCUCCCCGUGUGACGUACACGUACUGCCUCCCCGUGUGACGUACACGUACUGCCUCCCCGUGUGACGUACAUGUACUGCCCCCCGUGUGACGUACAUGUACUGCCUCCCCGUGUGACGUACAUGUACUGCCUCCCCGUGUGACGUACACGUACUGCCUCCCCGUGUGACGUACACGUAAUGCCUCCCCGUGUGACGUACACGUACUGCCUCCCCGUGUGACGUACAUGUACUGCCUCCCCGUGUGACGUACAUGUACUGCCUCCCCGUGUGACGUACACGUACUGCCUCAUGUACUGUCUACCACAACAGACCGUAGUGACAGCCCCCGACAGAUAUGUGGAUUCCCUUCAGUUAGAUUCAAACGGACCGUGUCUGUGAAUCCGUCCCAAACAUUCCACCUUCAUGUGGCGAACACAACAAAAUUCGCUGAAACGUCCCCGGGAAGGACGUUAAAGUUCAUGUUGCAUGCAUCUGUCAGUAUAGUUCAUGCCCCAUGCAUCUGUCAGUAUAGUUCAUGCCCCGUGCAUCUGUCAGUAUAGUUCAUGCCCCAUGCACCUGUCAGUAUAGUUCAUGCCCCGUGCAUCUGUCAGUAUAG